AAACCCAAAGGCACAACGGUAACUACAACCAUAACAACAGCAAUUGCUAAGCCAACAGCAGCAGCAACAACAACAACAACAACAUCGACGACGACAGCAGCAACUGUUGGCAGUUCAAUGCGUCCAUUUUUUAAUGUCACCGUUCGACACAUUGCCCUUCAUGAACGCCAGCUAUGAGGUGCGACCGCAUAUGUUGCAACCACAACAGCAGCAGCAGCAAUUGUUGGAGUUGCAACAGCGACCGCAGCAAUUCCAUCAUUAUCAGCACGCGCCCAGUAGCAGCAGCAGCAUCACAACAACAAAACCGACAACAACUACAGCAGCAACAGAUGCAAGUGUUGUUGUUGGGGGCGAGAGUUUAAUGGAUGCCACGGGUAUGCUAAAAUUAGCUGGAUGCAACAUUUAUGGUCGCAUGUAUCGCGUCGGUCGCAUUAUAGUCGAAUUAUCCAAUCAAUGCCUGGAAUGCAAAUGCACCGAGGUGGGCGUCAAGUGUGGCCCACUAGACUGUUAAUUUAAGAUCCCCCCGCACCCCUUCGCAGCCAGCCAGCACCCCGCCUAGAGCCUUGGUAAGUCUGUAUGUGUAUGUUUGUGCCGUUGUAUGCUUGUGUUUUUGUAUGCGUGUCUGUGUCUGUGUUUGUGUUUGGCCAAGUUCUCAACCCCCCGCUGCUUAGUUUAUGCAUUUAACAUUUUAGUGAGACGGCGGCAAACGCAAGAUUUAGAUUUAGAUUUAGUUAGUACUUAUUUUAGGGGGAAAACAUCAGCUCUAAGUUGUAUUAUAGACUCUUAAUAUUUAAUUUUUAAUUUUACACUAAUUCGCAUGCAUUUAAUUUAAUUUAAUUUAAUUU